AUGGACGAAGACCCGACGCCCCAUAAUGCACAAGCCAAGAGCCCAGUGCCCGUAGUGGCUGAGUGCACUACCCACUAUCUCACGGGUAUCAAGCUCUGGCUGGUUGUUGUUUCAACUACCCUCGUUUCAUUCCUGAUACUUCUUGAUAUGUCCAUCAUCGCCACGGCAAUCCCACAUAUAACGAGCGAGUUUCAUUCCCUAACUGACGUGGGCUGGUAUGGCAGCGCGUAUCUCAUAUCAAAUUGUGCUCUCCAGCCCCUAGCUGGCAAAUUCUACACACAGCUGGUUUCGAAGUAUACUUUCCUCACCUUCCUUACGGUUUUUGAAUUGGGUUCAGUAUUAUGUGGUGCCGCAACUACAUCGAAUAUGUUAAUUGUCGGGCGAGCAAUUGCAGGAAUGGGGGGUUCGGGUCUCGUCAUUGGAACCUUGACAAUUCUCGCGGCCGUGGCUCCUAAGCACCAACAGCCAGCUUUGAUCGGACUCACGAUGGGUCUGAGCCAACUUGGUGUAGUGUGUGGACCUUUGCUCGGGGGUGUAUUUACCCAACACGCCAGCUGGCGAUGGUGCUUCUAUGUAAAUCUCCCUAUUGGGGCUGUUGCUGCCCUCAUUAUUAUCCUCAUCCAGAUACCCAAUCAGAAUUCAUCUCCUGCCAACGGAGCACCGAUGGAGAAAGCGAUGGGCAACACACAAAGCCUCCUUCAAAAGCUAGACCUUGUGGGCUUCGUGAUAUUUGCCGGCUUUGCAGUCAUGAUUUCCCUCGCGCUAGAGUGGGGAGGAUCAACUUAUGUCUGGCGAAGCUCUACCAUCAUUGGCUUGUUUUGUGGUGCGGGAUUGGCUUUGGUCGUGUUUGUGUUAUGGGAGCGUCGCGUUGGGGAUGCAAUGGCUAUGAUUCCGGGUUCGAUCGCUGGCACACGACAAGUUUGGUGCUCUUGUCUUUUUAUGGGGUUCUUUUCCGGCUCCUUGUUCGUCUUCGCUUACUACCUACCUAUUUACUUCCAGGCUGUGAAGAAUACUUCCCCCACAAUGAGUGGUGUGUAUAUGUUACCUGGAAUCUUCGCACAGGUUCUUACGACGGUGAUUUCUGGUUUCGCAAUCGGAAGGACAGGCUAUUACUGGCCGUGGGCACUACUGAGUGCUGUUCUCGCUGCCAUCGGUGGAGGCUUGUUGUCCACCGUUCUUGCCCAUACAGUUAUCGUGAGACCGAUAAUGUAUCAAUUUAUCGCUGGAUUAGGUCGUGGUUGUGGAAUGCAAACGCCGCUGAUUGCAAUACAAAACACACUUCCUUCUGAACGGGUCGCACUCGGGACCUCCCUCGCCGUCUUUGCACAGACAUUUGGAGGAUCUCUCUUCCUUAAUUUUGCUAACCUUGUUUUUAAUCAUGGGCUCAAAGAAGGCCUCCCUAAGUUUGCCCCCACCGUGAAUGCGGAGGCAGUAAUUUCGGCAGGAGCAGCAUCAUUCAGAAGUGUCGUCAGCAAGCAGGACCUUCCGGAGGUUUUGAGCGCUUACAGCUCAGCAAUUGGUCAAACUUUCUACUUGGCAGUGGGUGCCUCGGUGGCUACGUUCGCUUUUGCAUUUGGGAUGGGGUGGCAAAAGAUCAAAACGAAAAAAGAUGCUCAAGUCGCAGCUGAGGCUCAGGCUCAGGCUCAGACUCGCGGCGAUUCUCACGCUUGA